AUGGCUACCACCUCGAGCAAUCCGCCGCCGCUGCUGGCCGUGACUCUGCUCUUCCGCUCGAAGCCCGCGUUCUCCGACCUCCAUCACGUCGUCGAUGCCGUUUCUCUGUUCCUCGACUCGUCCGUCGAGCUGCCGCUGCACGCGGCCUGCAAGCUGGCGUCUACGAAGCUGCUGAGUCGACUAUGGGGCAGCAGUGAAGUUUACACGGACGGAGACAGCGCUACUAUUGCUGACGACUCGUGGACACUCCGCAAGUACAUCCGCAGUGACCGACACUACCGCCAGUACCAGUUCGCACUGUCACUAACAGAAGCUGUUCGACUCAAGGACAUGAAGAUGGUUCGGUGGCUUGCGGCCAGAUUUGAGGGCUGCGAAGUGAAGAAGAGCGUGGUCGUUGAAGCCGCUAAAGCGGGGUGCUUAGACGCGUUGACGUUCUUCUACGGGAGGGACAACACCUCGGCUGACCCGAGUAUUCGGGCUCGUGGGGUCGGAUUCGGCGUCGAGUGGACGGGGGAGCACAUGACCGCCGCAGUCGAACAGGGCCACGGGAGUGUGGCGUGGUGGCUUGGAACACACUUCCCCCGGGCUGAAGAUAUGAGCAGAGCCUUGAAUGCUGCGGUUUGUAACGGGGACAUUGCGAUGGCCGAGUGGCUGCUGGCUCGAGGGGCGACGUGGACUCGAAGCGACUCGGAGCUCCAACCAGCUCACCAUCUAGCAGCUAAAGGUCGAGUAGACGUCUUGCAGUGGUUGGACAGACCUAGACAACUCGAGGGGGUCGUUGGCCUCGUGGUGGUAGCUGCAAAAGCUGGUCAACUGCACGUUGUGCGCUGGCUGAUUGAUCGAGAUACGGCCAUCCAGGAAGCGAGCAAAAAGCUCUAUCUGACGGCACUUGGUAGGGAAGUAAGCCUUUCGAUCCAUAUCGCCGCAGUCAGUGGAAGUAUCCGCACGGCAAAGUACGUUCGAGCUCGCGCGAAGUAUCCGACGAACAGCCUUCAACGCGCAACGCAAACGCUGGAGCAGAAGCGGCAGCUCGAGAUUUUCUCACGUAAAUUCAGGGGCUCAGUAGAAGCUGCAGCUGUGUCGGGGAAGACGAUGACGCUUGCGGCGAGGAAUGGGCAUUUGGAGGUUGUCAAGUGGCUCUAUGACGAGUAUGGCAAGGACCCGGACACGAAUCUGUUCGACUGGAGCGAGCCGAACUACUUGUAUCCCUCCGUGUACACUGUCGCCAUGGACGCAGCUGCUCAAUGCGGCCACUUGGAAAUAGUUCAGUACCUGCACCAACUCUUCCAAUCCAUUGACGCAGAGAGCAGCAAGAAGCGGAAACGAGACGAAGUGCCCCCGCAGCCUACAAGAUGUACUCACCGAGCAAUGAAUGGCGCCGCCGCGAACGGCCAUUUGGCUGUCGUUGAAUGGCUUCAUCACAACCGAACGGAGGGCUGCACGACUGAUGCGAUGGAUUCAGCUGCUGCAGGUGGGCACUUGGAGGUUGUGAAAUGGCUCCACAAGUACCGAUCUGAGGGGUGCACCACGGCAGCGAUCGACGGCGCUGCAGCGCAAGGACAUCUGGAAGUUGUGCAGUGGCUUCAUGAGAACACUCGUGUUGGUUGCACAACAAACGCAAUGGAUAGAGCAGCUACUAAUGGCCACCUCGAUGUUGUGAAAUGGCUUCACACACAUCGGAGGGAAGGAUGCACAACCACAGCAAUGGAUCGCGCCGCCAUACAAGGCCAUUUGAACGUAGUUAAAUGGCUACACCGCAACCGGACGGAAGGCUGCACGACAGCCGCAGUUGAUAACAUCGCCGAUUGCGGCAACUUGCGCAUGCUUCAGUGGCUUCAAAGCCACCGUACCGAGGGAGGGACAGAGGAGGCGUUAUCGCUUGCCGUGGUCGAGAACCACUUUGAAGUGUUCCUCUUUUUGAGCUCGCAAUACCGGAUGCGGUGCACUGAUAACCAGCCAACGCUGGCGUACGAACAUUUCCGCCAGGAGAUUCAGGACUGGAUCAUUGAACACUACCCUGAAUUUCGAGGAACCAUUCCGGAAAAUGACGAAUAA